AUGGAUCGACUCGGUGUACUCGAGAUCAAUGAGCAGCCCGUGCCUCAGAGAAUACAUCAGAUACGGCCAAAUCAAAGCAACUUCAGCGAGAAGCGCAAACCUCGUCCCAAGCGGACCUUGUGCUGCUUUGAGAUUGUGGACGAUUCUAGCGAUGAUCACACGCCGUCUAGACCGGUUCGGAGGCCUCAAAGUCGACCUUCUCAUGGGGCGACGUCCUCUCCUCAGAAUUUGCAAAAGCCUCAUCAAGAUUCAGCCGGGAAACCGCAAUCUGCAGGGCUACCAUCUGGACAGCGAGUAUCAUCUGCUCCUCAAACACGGCAACCAUCUGUCCCAAAUGGCAGAAGACCUUUGACUUCAUCGCAAACCCGGUCUCUGCUAUCAUGGAUUCCUUCUUCGCUUUCUCCAAAAACAACAUCUCUUCUCCUCACAGAGCUCUCCAAACCAAUCUCAUCAGCCGAUGACGAUGGUUAUAUCUACAUGUUCUGGGUGACACCCCAGAAUGCCACAACAAGCAGUGGUGGACAGUCACCGCUACCUAGAGAUCUCGCAUCGUCUCUACUCCCAUCAGCACCACCGAACAACCACCUCCGCCCACCAACCCAGCCUCGCAGCGUAAGCGAUGCCAUUCGCGCCGCCCGAGACCUAAACGCAUUAACCUCGAACCCAACAUCGACCGCACCGGGCACACUCCGACUAAAAAUCGGGCGCACCAGCAACGUUCACCGUCGAUUGAAUGAAUGGACCCGACAAUGCUCAUACGAUUUGACUUUAAUCCGCUACUACCCGUAUACAUCAUCCGCAUCAUCAUCUCCGGCGAGGACACCACCUGCUUCGGGAAAGCGCAGCAAUAGCCACUCAGCUAUUGAUGCUCAUUUGGUUCCAGGUCGCAAAGUUCCUCAUGCUCACCGCGUGGAAAGGCUUAUUCAUCUCGAGCUGGGAGAUAUGCGUGUUAGAGACCUUGGUCGAUGUGGGGAGUGUGGUAAGGAGCAUCGGGAGUGGUUUGAGGUCGAGGCUGCGAAGGAGGCUUUGAGGCGGGUGGAUGAAUGUGUGCGGCGGUGGGUUGCUUGGGGGGAGUCCAUGGUCUGA